GACACAGAUGAGCAUUUGUUUUGUGCCACUGCUGUAGGGAUUUAGAAAGGGAGGAACGGCUCAUUCGUGUGUUUUUGUAAAUAAUUUAAGUACAAGCGAGUGUGUGUUUCUCACCUGAGCAGUGAGAGGGCAGUGUGUGCGCAAGGUUGCCCGUCUUCAGUUUCUCCUCCCACUCUGUGGUUGGAUAGGCUACUCUCAAGCUCGGGGCUCGCUGUCAGCCAUGUUGUUGGUGUGACACUACAGCACUCAAAGCAACAGGUACACCACGGUUAACGCUUCUCUGCAUUUCUGAGGUUAAACGUCCUCACUCCUGCCAGAUAGGACUUUUCUACGUUAUCUGGCGAACAAGUUUCGCUUGUACUGGGUUUAAAAGACAACACGAAUCUGACGUUUUGUUUUAUUCACAAAAAAGAUGGCUGAGAGCUAGCCAGGCGCAGUCGGGACCAGAAUGGCUCAGUUUCCCACAGCCAUGAAUGGUGGUCCUAACAUGUGGGCCAUCACUCCAGAGGAGAGGUCCAAGCAUGACAAGCAGUUUAACAGCCUCCUGCCUGUAAUGGGCUUUGUAACAGGAGAUCAAGCUCGGAGGUUCUUUCUGCAGUCUGGGCUUCCUGCAGCAGUGCUGGCUGAGAUCUGGGCCCUCGCAGAUAUGAACAAGGAUGGGAAGAUGGACCAGCAGGAAUUCUCAAUAGCCAUGAAGCUGAUCAAGCUGAAACUGCAGGGUCAGCUCCUGCCCUCCACACUCCCUUCAGUAAUGAAGCAGCAGCCAGUACCAUCCCCGCUCAUGUCCUCACGCUUCGGAAUGGGAAGCAUGCCAAACCUCUCCAUCCUUCCUACCAUGCCUAUGUACACCCCCUUGGCACCCACCACGUCUGUGACCUCCAUGACCUCACUGCCUCCCUCUGGAAUCUCCACCCCCUUGGUGCCUUCAAUCAGCACGCCGUCGUUGCCUAACGGGAGCAACGCAAUCCUCCUUCCCCUCUCUAUGCCGCUGUCAUCAACCCUGCCCCAGAUGGGUUCCUUUCCUCAGUCCUCGAUGGGAUUUGGAAGUACAAGAAUGCAAAAGGCACAGUCCUUGAUUGACUUGGGGUCAAGCAGCUCCAAUUCUUCCUCGACAACAUCUCUCACUGGGAACUCGCCCAAAACGGGCUCCGGUGACUGGGCAGUGCCCCAGUCUUCCAGGCUAAAAUACAGGCAGAUGUUCAACAGUCUGGACAAAGCUAUGACUGGAUACCUCUCAGGUCCACAAGCCAGAAAUGCUCUUGUCGCGUCAAAUCUUACUCAAACACAACUAGCCACAAUAUGGAACCUGGCUGACAUUGACAGGGAUGGGAAGCUAAAAGCCGAAGAAUUUAUUUUAGCCAUGCAUCUAGUUGACAUGGCUAAAACAGGGCAGCCUCUUCCACUAUCUCUGCCUCCAGAUUUCAUGCCUCCAUCAUUCAGAGGUGGGAAAUGGGGUGAUACAGUCAAUGGGACAGUCCCCACCUAUCAGGGAAUUCAGGGAAUUCCGGAAGAACCUGCAGAACCCCCACAGAAGAUAAGCCAAGUAACCUUUGAGGACAAGCGGAAGGAGAACUACCAGCGUGGGAACGCCGAGCUGGAGAAGCGGAGGCAGUUACUGCAGGAGCAGCAGCAGCGGGAGCAGGAACGACGGACGAGAAAGGCGCAGGAGGAGAGGGAGAGGUGGGAACGGGAGCAGCAGGAGAAGGAGAGAAAGCGGCAGUUAGAACAGGAGCGCAGGAUCGAGAGGCAGCGGGAGAUCGAGAGGCAGAAGGAGGAGGAGCGCAGGAAAGAGAUGGAACGCAGGGAGGCUGCGAAACAGGAGCUUGAACGACAGCGGAAGCAGGAAUGGGAGCAAACCCGGCGCCAGGAACUGCUGAAUCAGAGAAACAGAGAGCAGGAAGACAUUGUCAGAUUGAAAGCGAAAAAGAAGAGCCUAGAGAUGGAGCUAGAGGCCGUGGGUGACAAACACAAGCAGAUCUCUGGCAGGCUUCAUGAUGUUCAGAACAAGAAGGUGGUCCAGAAAAGCGAACUGGAUCUGAUCAAUCAGAAGCAGGACCGUCGGAUCAUGGAAAUCAAUAACCUGCAGCAGCAGCUCGAGGACUACCAGAGAAAGCUCACUCAAUUGGUCCCGGAGCAGCAGAUGCUUACUGAAAGACUUAAAAACACGAACCUUAACAAUGUGCAGACUACACCACUCACGACUUUGAUGAGGAGUCAAUCUGAAAAGGAUGUCUCGUGUCGUAUGCUGAAAGAGCAGCUGGAUGCCUUGGAGAAAGAAACCUCGUCAAAGUUGUCUGAAAUGGAAGUGUUUAAUAACGAGCUUAAGUGUGAGGAUAUGGAUGACUCUGUCCUUCAGUGUCUUCUCUCUUUGCUGGGCUGUCUCAGCAACCUCUUCCUCUUAAUUAAGGAUCUUCGGCAGAGUCAAAGCAAACAGCAACGCGGUCUUGAGGAGCUUUACAAGAUCAAAGAGGAGAAACUGCGUGAGAUUGAGAGGCGGAAGGAACAAGAACUUUUGCAAAAAAGGAAGGCAGAGGAGGAAGCCAUCAGAAAAGCAAAACAAGAAAAAGAUAACCUGUGGAGGGAAAAGGUCAGAAGAGAGGAAGAAGCGCGUCAGAAGAGGAUGCAGGAGGAACGAUCCCAGAAGCUACAGCAGGAGGAGGAGCUGGAGGCCGAGGCCAGGCUGCGGGAGGCACAGGAAGGAGCGAUGCGGGAGCAAAGGGAGGCUGAGGAAAUGCUGCGUAAAGAGGAGGAGGAGCGCCGAAGGCAGGCCCAGGACCGAAGAGAGAAGGAGGAAGAACAGAGGAGGCAGGCCCAGGCGAGGAGAGAGGCCGAAGAGGAGCAGAGGAGGCAGGUCCGGCUUCAGAGAGAGGCUGAGGAGGAGAAGAGGCGACAAGAGCAGAGGCAGCCUCACAAAGAGGAAGACAAGUCUGAGGAGGCUGAGGAGCGGAGGAGGCAGCAGCAGCAGAAUUCAGAGAACUUCAGCAAGAUCAACCUGCAGGAAAAAAUAUCUUCCAUGCUGAAGGGGUUUGACGAGAGAGGCAGCAUGACUAGCCUUUCAGGACACAGGACAUCGGCAGUGUUGGUCACUUACAGAGCGCUUUACCCCUUUGAAGCUAGGAAUCUCGAUGAACUCGCAUUCAGUGCUUCUGAUCUGAUUGAGGUUGACGAGACCACUAUUGGAGGAGAGCCUGGCUGGCUUUAUGGAAGUUUACAAGGACACACAGGGUGGUUCCCUGCAAACUAUGUGGAAAAAGUAGCUGAAAAGGAAGUACCAUCAGCUUCAAAAACAGCCUUACUUCCACCCACAGUGUCCAAGUCCUCUACCUCACUCUCUUCUGGGCCGCUGUCUCCAAGUAAAACAAAGGACGAGACGGGUUUCCAGCAAAACCAAUCCCUGGCAAGCAUGAGUGGCAGCAUUGCUUGGCAAAAAUCUGCUUUCACUCCUACUGUACCCCCUGGAUCAGUAUCACCUGAGCACAGCCAGGGUCAGGUUGUUGAUCAUCUUCAGGCACAAGCACUGUGCUCCUGGACUGCAAAAAAGGAUAACCACUUGAACUUCUCAAAAGAUGACAUCAUCACCGUGCUGGAGCAGCAGGACAACUGGUGGCUCGGGGAACUCCAAGGUGCCAAGGGCUGGUUCCCUAAAUCCUAUGUCAAAGUAAUGCCUGGAAGCAAGGUGCAGAAUGAUCCAAUUUAUGCCACAGUCAGUGUGGACACCAGCACAUCAGCCCAAGAUGUAGCUGAAGAAUAUGUGGCAAUUUACACCUAUGAGAGUCCAGAGCCUGGGGAUUUGACCUUCCAUGAAGGUGAUACCAUCCUGGUCACACAGAGAGAAGGAGAGUGGUGGUCAGGCUGUAUUGACAACAGGACAGGGAUCUUCCCUUCCAACUACGUAAAACCAAAGGAUACAGAUGCUUCAAGUAAUGUUGUUCGAAGUGGAACAUUAAUAAAAAAGCCAGAGAUUGUCCAGGUGACCACAGCAUACACAGCAACAGGCUCAGAGCAGCUCAGCCUGGCCCCUGGACAGCUCAUUCUCAUCCUCAACAAAAACCCCACUGGCUGGUGGCAAGGAGAGCUACAGGCAAGAGGGAAAAAACGUCAAAAGGGAUGGUUUCCUGGUAGCCAUGUUAAACCUUUGGGUGCAAGCAGUGACAAAACUACUCCAGCCCCCACGCCAGCUCCCACGCCAGUGUGCCAAGUAAUAGCCAAGUAUGACUAUGCAGCCAUGAAUGAAGAUGAACUGAGUUUCUCCAAGGGGCAGCUUAUCAGUGUUCUGAACAAGGAUGAUUCGGAUUGGUGGAAAGGAGAGCUCAAUGGAGCAGCAGGUCUCUUUCCUUCAAAUUAUGUCCAGAUGACCACAGAGUCUGAUCCAAGUCAGCAAUGACCGUAAUGUUGCCUUCUUCUCAACGUAUGAAAGUCCCUCAAAGAGACCCACUAUCCCAAUUAACUGCAGGGUGGACGCUGGGUAGAGAGCCAUGAUCAAUGCUUCAACAACAAUAAUAGUCUUGCAUGAUGAUAGAGUAUAUAUAUAUAUAUAUCAUCAUAUCAUCAUGUCAUUACUUAAUACUGGAUUUUAACAAUUGCUAUGUUUUAUAUGAGGGCUGGAAACUUUAUUUAAAUAGAAAGUUGGAUCACAUUUAAUUGCGGCAUUACAAUAAAUCGCAUUUCUUGUUUUUAAAUUUGUAGUAGUACUGUAUUGUGGUAGACAUGAAAGACAAGGUAAGAUCCAGUAUAAGAAACUAUGUCAAGCAAACAGCUGCUUUUAAAACGUCUGUCUACUUGAAUCACCUGUAGUUUCUUGUAGUUUUAGCUCUUGUAGUUUUAUGGUUGUAGUUAUAGAGAUAAACAGGGGCUCUGGUUUUAAAAAAAAAAAAAGCAUUGAAGAGGGUCGUCCAAAUGAACCCUUUGUUCAGCAUUGCAGCUGAUUAUGUUGCAGGUACAUUUUCUUUCUCCCAUGUAAGCAUGGUGACUGUUAAUCUGCUUAGAGGGAAGGAUAGUGGGUCUUUCUGUGGCUUUCACUCAGCUGUGCUUUCCCUCCUCCCUAUUCUUUCCAACACUGGGUUGCUUGUGGUUAUUGUAAAUUCAAUUAGAUUUACGUUUCCAUUGUGGUGGUGGCGGUGGGAGUCAGGUCACACAAAAACCCACUAUCUUAACAUAGAUAAAUGAGAUUUGUAUUGGUCAUUUCAGAAUAACAGGCUGAUGUAUAAUAAUCUUUGUGGUUGAAAAUGGGAGGGCUUUUUUAUUCUCUCUUUUCAUUAGUGGUUGUAUAAGUUGAGUUUAUGAUUUAUGGUUAAAUAAAAACAGUUUUAAGGCAUAUUGCAUUGAUAUCAAUUAAACAAUAAGAGACUCUUUCUUUUUUGUAGAAAAAGCAAACUAGAAUAAUCAUAGGAAUCUGAUAACAUCAGGUGUUGAAAACGGAUGCUAUAAAAAUUGAUCAAAAAGGCUUUUGUAUUGUAUUGCCAAAAAUUGCUUUGGCAAACAAAAAAGAACUGUAGCAUUUUUUUUAUAUAUAUAUAUAUAUAUAUAGAUAGAUAUAUAUAGAUAUAUAUAGAUAGAUAUAUAUAGAUAGAUAUAGAUAGAUAUAUAGAUAUAUAGAUAUCUAGAUAGAUAGAUAGAUAUAUAUCUAUAUAGAUAGAUAGAUAGAUAGAGUAUAUAUAUAUAUAUAGCAAUAGUACCAUUCUGUUUACAAUUUAUGAACAGACAACAUGCUGCAUAUAAAUGUAAUAAUUGUAAAUCAAUUUAUUUGCCUACAAUACAAACCUAUAAGGUCUUGUGUUUGAUCAGUAUUGUCCGAAUCAAGCUGUAGUCUGACACACGAGAUCUGGGUUCCUGUCCAAGAUUCAUACCCUGUGGUCCCGUGGUCUAAAACUGUGGUUCAUCAUCCUGGCCCUCAAGGUCCUUUUAAUAGUCAUGGUUUUGUUUUGAACUGAUCCUUCAAUAAAGUAGAUUUUCAUCUUUGCUGUGUUUUAAAGGUUUAAUAACUACAGUUUUUAAAACAUUCUUACAAAUCAAAAUUCUGCUGUUGAUUGAUUUGUUUCCCAGGCUUUUGUUUUGCCUUUGACAUCCUAGUUAUCCUGCCAUAAAGCUACACGGUUUGAUGGUCGUAUUCUCCUAUUUACUUCCUGUGUUGAAUGGAAAUUCCACCCCGUCUGACCCCAUAUGAAGUUGCCUGUGCAGCAUGGAACCCAAGUGUGGGGUUAUAUUAUCUGUAAUGUAAAAAAAGUUAACUUCGCGUUGUGGCAUUAAUCCUCUUUCUCAAAUAUCAUCUUAAAUAAGGAGGGACUUGUGAGGGUGUUUGUGAUGCCAGGUGGAAAUAUGUUUUUUAAACCUUGGUUAUUGCACCCUGAAACACAAACCUUGACUUCCUUAGGUCUCCAAAAACUGGUGUAGGGAACCACUGGUAUAAUUAAACUGGCAAAAUGUUACAUUGACUAGCCUGGGGAAACCAGUUCCAUAAUAUUUAUACAAAAAAGAGUUUACAUAAUUGACGAGUGUUAGUGUUGCAUCCAUUUUUAUAACCAAUAUGAAAAAGUCAAAUGGCUGUUUUUAGUUAGAAAUUAAUAUGGAAAAUGUAAAGUAUUAUGCAUAAUAAACUUGCUUUGGCAAUGUGUUGGCUACGAUGGGUAUAUCUAAACAACAUUUAACCAAAAUGUGUUUGUGUGCAGUGUUUAAAAAGAUUUAUGUAAAGACACACUGUGUGGCUGAAAUGUAGUAAUGCAUGCUGUGUAUUGUUGGCAUGAUGCAUUUUCAGCUGCAGUUGCAUUAAUAUAUAAGCUCAUACUAUGCAAUUUUCUAAAAGAUGGCAAAGGUUGUGAAGUUUAUUGAAACAGAAUUGUGGGUUCUUUUGGUUUGCAAGAUAAAAAAAAUAGUGUUUCAGCUUUAUACAUAUUAUAAUAAAGUGCUGUUGUGUUGCUUUUCUAAAGAAGAUACUUCGUUAAAAUAAAAAUCUGCAAAGUUCACAUGUAGUGUCUGUAAUAUUUGUAGACAAAUGAGUCUGCAGUGGUAUUGAGUGCUGUUUUUAUUUAUAAAGUUAAAAGAUCAAACUACACCAAAUAUGUUCAUAAAAAGAUGAAUGCCAGUUAGUUUACUUCAUGUGUUUUCCCGUUGUGCUGUUGAAUGUAAGGGCUACCCACUGUUUUCCGAAGCACCUAGACUUCAGUGGGCUUUGUUUGAUAGAUGAAUCCUGUGUUUUGCAUCUAAAAAAAAAAAAAAAACACAAACAAAUUUAAAUACUGAUAAUUUGCAAGCAGCCGUGCAGUUAUUCAUUUUGCAAAAUAUUGUGGUUGUGCUUAAUUGGAUGUACGUAGACAAAAUGUGGCAUAUUUACAAAUGUGUAACUAAAACCAUUUAUCCUACCAUUGAUACCUGAAAUGUAUGGAAGUUGGACUUCUGAAAAUGUUGCUUUUUUAAAUAGCUGUAAAGAAAAGGCUGUAUUUUAAAGCUUUUCAUUUUAAUAAAAAAAAAUAGCAUUAAAGAAAAUGGUUCAGAUAUGUUCCAGUUCUUCACACGUAGAAGGAAUUGGGGUCUUCCAUUGUUAGGUAAGGUUUUUUUAAUGGAUUACUGUAUGCCGUUUAAAUGUGUGCAUAAUACCCUUUAGAUGAGUAAGUAUUUGGAAAAAUUAUGCUUUAGUAAGCCAAAGAUUCAAACAUAAAGUAACAAGUAGAUUGUUUUAAAACAGUCUAAGUAGAGAUUUAUAUUUCCCUUUUGCAUUGCUGGGUUCAACAGUACAAUUAACCGUCUGUUUAGUAAAUAGGUCAUUUUAGCUUUAAAAUGGUAUUGGCUGUUGUGCCUCUCUCCAUACAGGGUGUGCUGACCUGA